AUGACAUUCCGUUCUCGAUCGGGAGGACCCGUGAAGAAACGAGGCAACAAGAAACAAACUCAUACUCGAAAACUACAUCAUCCACCCCCACCUCCAAAGGAAGAACAACCUCCUCCUCCACCUGCUUCCUCCCUACCACUACCCUCGUCAUUAGAGAGCGGACCAUUCAACCCACCAGACUCAGAGAUACUCGCGUUGCUCCAUAGGGCAUUACAUGAAAGCUUAUCGUCGGACAACUUUGUGGAUACCGUACAGCGGAUCAAGGGGUUAUUGUACGAUAAGAAAUGGUUAGAGGUGUUUUGUGGACCGGAGAGUGUACUUGAGAGUUAUGCGGGGAGAUGGGUACCUUCGAGAGUAUGUUGUUUUAGGGAGGUGAUGGAUAAGCUUGUGUAUGAGGUAUUUAGUGGUGAAGAGGGUGGACGGGAGGAGAGGAUGGCGAAGCUGAAUGUGGAUGAAGAUGAAGAAGACGACGAAGAUGACGAAGAAGAGGAUGAGGAUGAGGAUAAUGUCGAAGACGACAACGAUGAGGCUGGAAAGUCCGAAGACGAUGAUGAGCAAGAGGACGACGCAGAGACCUCACGGAAUACCGCUGAAUCAUCCACUCAACCCAUGUCCCAUCCAACACAUCACAUCCUCUCUUUAGGUGGUGGUGCAGGAUCCGAAUUUCUGGCCAUAGCAGCCCUUAUCCGAUCAGUACUUCUCACACGACCACAUUCGCAUCCUAACUUCACAUGGACAGGUAUAGAUAUAGGCAAUUGGCAUAAUGUACUAAGGAAGAUGGAAGAUUCCAUCAGGAUAGAUUGGAAGAUCGAUAAAUCUAUUUUGGACGUCGAUUAUAUCAAAGGCGAUCUAUUAUCUCUUUCUACCUCUACGAAUGCUCAGUCUUCCUCUCAAUCAACACAGAGCCCCAGUCAUGCUUCUCAGACACCUCAACCAAUCGACUUGACUUCUACUCUUCUGUCCAAACCGCCCAAACUCAUCACUUUAUUCUUCACCCUUACCGAACUUCUUACUCAAUCCCGUCCACGUACCCUCCAACUUCUUAAUACUCUAACGGAAAACACACCAACAGGAACACUUUUCCUGGUUAUUGACUCGGCAUCUGACAUAUCUGACUUUUCACUAGGUAAAGAAGGUAGGAAAUACCCCGUGUACAUGAUUAUAGAUAUGCUUUUAUCGUCCAAAGGGAGGGGAUGGGAGAAAGUGAAAGGAGAGGAUUCUAGAUGGUUCAGAUUUGGUGAAGGAGUUGGGGCUGGAUGGAAGGUGAAAUUGGAAAACACAAGGUAUUGGUAUAGACUUUACAGAAGGGUUUGA